CUCUACGCAAAAUACAAAACGGAGGGUCCGUUUCCGUCAACUGAGAGGGGGAGAAGGUGUCCUAGCCAGGCGCCGAUACCUUCCGCUUCUCCUUGCCGGCGAAACCCUACUCGCUUCCGUCCUCCCCUUCGCCGUCGACGCUGGCCCCUGAAUCCUAUUCCAAGCAGCCCUAUCUCCUCUGCCCAUCUCUUGUCGAGAUCGCUUGCCGACCUGCUGCAGUUCGUUUCAUCCCCUUUCGCCUCAUCUUCUUCGUAAUCAGAUCUGUGUGUUUUCAUAGAUGGCUCCCAGCAAAUGCAAACCUUCUGGAGAUGAAACUUCUAUCAAUGUGACACCUUUGAAGUUCUCUAGAAGAAUGCUUGAGAAGUUCAAUUCUAUUGACCAAAGAAUGACACAGGAGAUUGACAUUCGGGAAGUUUAUUUUUUGAUCAUGCAUUUUUUGUCGGCUGGGCCAUGUAAGAGGACAUACGGGCAGCUCUGGAAUGAGCUUUUAGAGCACAAACUUUUACCUAGAAGAUACCAUGCUUGGUAUUCACGCUCUGGUGCACCAAGUGGUGAUGAAGAUGACGAUGGCUUGUCACUGCCUCUUUGCUAUAUCAAGUUGACUCAGAGGUACCCUCAUAUUGAAAAGGACCACUUAGUAAAGCUUUUGAAACAAUUAUUAGUUAAUUCAUCUCCUUUGCCUGGCGUGAUUGGAGGAGUUCCAAGUGCUGCUGUUUUUCCUAUGCUAAUGGGAUCUGGUUCUUUCUCUCUUCUUGCCUCUGAUAGGGAUAAAGAAAUCAAAUGCUCCAAAAAGUUACCACGUUAUCUACGUUGGCCCCAUAUGCAUGCUGGCCAAGUUCAUGGACUGAGUUUAAGAGAGAUAGGUGGUGGCUUCACAAAACACCAUCGCGCUCCAUCCAUUCGUGCAGCAUGUUAUGCAAUUGCUAAACCAUCAACAUUGGUACAGAAAAUGGAGAUCAUAAAAAAGUUAAGGGGACAUCAGAAUGCCGUCUAUUGUGCUACAUUUGAUCGUUCCGGGCGGUAUGUAAUAACUGGUUCAGAUGAUCGCCUUGUAAAGAUCUGGUCAAUGGAAACUGCAUUUUGCCUAGCUAGUUGCCGGGGACAUGAAGGUGACAUUACUGACCUGGCCGUGAGUUCAAAUAAUGCUGUGGUGGCUUCUUCUGCAAAUGACUUUAUCAUUAGAGUUUGGCAUCUACCUGAUGGCCAUCCAAUAUCAGUGUUGAAAGGGCACACUGCAGCUGUGACUGCCAUUGCCUUUAAUCCCAGACCAGCUGCUGUUUAUCAGCUACUCUCAUCCUCUGAUGAUGGAACAUGUCGUAUAUGGGAUGCCAGACAAUCAAGUGCAAAGCCACGUAUUUACAUCCCAAAGCCUUUAGAUACUUCAGCUGGAAAGACCACUGAUCCUUCCCCUAGUGUUGGUCAACAAACACAUCAGAUUCUUUGUUGUGCAUUCAAUGCUAAUGGAACUGUAUUUGUUACUGGUAGCUCUGACACAUAUGCUCGGGUAUGGAAUGCUUAUAAGAGCAAUAUGGAUGACCCUGAGCAAUCGAACCAGGAGAUGGAUCUUUUAUGUGGCCAUGAGAAUGAUGUCAAUUAUGUGCAAUUUAGUGGUUGUGCUGUGGGGUCUAGAUCUUCUGUCGGUGAUGCUCUGAAAGAAGAUAAUCUUCCUAAGUUUAAGAAUUCCUGGUUCACUCAUGACCACCUUGUUACCUGCUCACGUGAUGGCAGUGCAAUUAUUUGGGUCCCAAGGUCCCGACGAUCUCAUGGCAAAGUUGGGCGCUGGACUCGUGCUUAUCAUCUUAGAGUCCCUAUGCCACCUAUGCCUGCCCAACCUCGUGGUGGUCCUCGUCAGAGAUAUCAACCAACUCCUCGUGGUGUUAAUAUGAUAGUUUGGAGCUUGGAUAAUCGUUAUGUGCUUGCUGCUAUCAUGGAUUGUAGAAUAUGUGUCUGGAAUGCUUCUGAUGGUAGCUUACUCCAUUCAUUAAUUGGCCAUGAGGAAUCUACGUUUGUUUUGGAUGUGCAUCCUUUCAAUCCACGGAUAGCUAUGAGUGCUGGCUAUGAUGGUAAAAUGAUCAUCUGGGAUAUAUGGGAGGGUACACCUGUGCGGAUAUAUGAAGUUGGUCGUUUCAAGUUGGUUGAUGGGAAAUUCUCACCGGAUGGAACUUCAGUUAUUCUCUCAGAUGAAGUUGGUCAGAUAUUUAUUGUGGCAACUGGUCAGGGAGAGUCACAAAAAGAUGCCAAAUAUGAUCAGUUCUUUCUUGGAGAUUAUCGACCCCUUAUGCAAGAUACAAGUGGAAAUGCACUGGAUCAGGAGACCCAACUUACACCCCACAGGAGGAAUAUUCAGGAUCUUCUCUGUGAUUCGGGUAUGAUUCCAUAUGCUGAACCUUAUCAGAGCAUGUAUCAAAGACGCCGCUUAGGUAUCAUGGGUAUUGAGUGGCGUCCUAGUUCAUUGAAACUUGCAGUUGGUCCAACUUACAAUGCUAAUACUGGUGAUUUUCAAGCACUACCAAUUGUGGAUCUAGAGCAGUGGGUUGAGCCUUUACCAGAGAUUGUGGAAGCUAUAGCUUGGGAAGUUGAAAAUGACAUGCAGAGUGAUGAUGCCGAUUCUGAAUAUAAUGUAACUGAUGAAUAUUCCAGCCAUGCAGGUCAAGAAAGUUUGAGCAGUACCUCAUGUGAAGAAGCAGAAAUCAGUGCCGACGAUAGUAGAGACGAUAACGAUGGAAAGGAAAUCCUUAGGAGAUCUAGAAGGAAAAAACACAAAUCUGAAGCUGAGUUCACAACUUCAUCUGGUAGGCGGGUAAAAAGAAGAAACUUUGAUGAAUGCAAUGGCGCUUCUGUGUCAAAAUCUCACAGACCUAAGAGGUCCCGGAAUGGGCAUUUGAAAAGAUUUAAGGCCUCUAAAUCCGAGCCUUCAAGGCCACAGAGAAUUGCUAAGAAGAAUGCUCUCACUUUCUUCUCUAAAUUAACAAGUGCUUCUACAGAUGAAGAAGAUAAUGAGCCAGACAGUAAUUUCUCUGAUAGUGAAUCGACAUUGCCAGAUUCAAAGACCCACAGUGUUGAGUCUGAAAGAUCAAUGAAAUUCAAUCCACCUACUCGUGCAAAGGCGAAGGAAAACAUCAAAGAUGCGCUUGAAGACACUGCAAUACCUUCUGAAGUCAUCAAUAAACAGGAUAAUCCAGUAAUCAAAAGGAAGUUGGUCCUUAAGCUGCCACGUCAUGUUGUCUCUGGAACUUUAACAUCUGAAUGCCCUGAACAGGAUAAUUUGUCUGUAUCGUUGCCUAUAACUAAUUCUGUUGUCAAUAGCCAUAAUAGACCUGAAAAUGAGAUAACUGAAACAGUCAGUUCACAGAAUGAAAUUGCCUCCCACCCUCAUCUUUCAGUGGAUCACCAGGCCAGUACGAUUAAAUGGGGAGAAGUUAAGCAGCGCUCUUCAAAACGCCAAAGAGUAGGCGACAUCAUAACUUGGGCUGCUGCAAAUACAAACCCAGAUGAUGCUAACACAAUUGGAGUUGACACCAUUGGAAAUACUGUAUCUGAGGAUGAGUGUCAAACAUCAAUUUCUAGGAUGCAAAUUAAUGAUAAUAGUCAUGAGAGAAAUAUAGCAGAAAUUUGUGUUCACGAGUCGGACCAAACAGAGAAUGGCAAUCCUGUGAACCAUGAAUGCAAGGUUGUUAAUGAAUCAUCCAAAAUAUAUGAAGUGGUUUCAGCUAAAGCUGUAAAUUAUUUUGGUAGCAAGUGUAGUUUUGAUGUGGAUCCUCAGGUAGACAAAACUAUGAAGAUGACUUACCCAAAGAUACGGUUCAAGACUAGAGGAAUAGUACCAGAGUUUAAUAGUUCAUUCUCCAAGUUAAAAUCUACAGCACUUAACAAUUCAAGGAGCUCAGAGGAUGAGCUUGUCUCAGACAGUCCAAUCCCAACUGACCAAGAUUUUGAUUUGGUUGCUGAUGAGGAUGAAGGAACCAGCAGAAAGAGUUCAGACCCUGGCAAAUCAAAUAAUAUAUCAGAAAAUUCAGAAGGAUGGACAACCACAAAUGCUAGUUUGUUUGUUUCCAAUGAUGACAAAGACUUGAAUUCCUGCCGGAAAAUGUAUGAUGCUGUAUAUAAGAGGAUGAAGUUGUCCAAGGGGAAGGAGAAUUUUAUUGUUGAUGUCCAAGCCAAGCAAGAAACUACUUCAGAUUCUGUUGACCAUGAUGAGGCAACAUUGCCAUUUAGUGGUAAAAUUGGAAGUUCUCGCAGAACAAGAUCCACAGGUGGAAGGGCACCUAAACAUGAUCUAAGCUAUAGCAUGAAUAAUUUUGAUGAUAAAAAUUAUGGUUCUCUUGGAGCGUCCACGAGCAGAGGAAAGUCUACAUCUGGUUCCCGUAAUCAAUUUUUAGUUGAUGAAUGGAAAUCAACAUCAAAAAUGCCUGUUGGUUUAAGAUCUGUAAGAAACAGAAGGGAGAACUACACUACAAGUGAUUUCAGAUGUUUGGAUAAGAAAAGCCAUCAAUCAUUGCGAAAACUUUCAUGGCUUUUAUUGUUAGAGCAUGAGGAGUGCUAUAGAUAUAUUCCCCAAAAGGGUGAUAAAGUUGCCUAUCUGAUACAGGGCCACCGUGAGUACAUUGAAAGCUAUGCUACAACUGAAGUAGGUCCAUGGAAAUCAAUCAAAGGCUUAAAAGCUGUCGAGUUUUGCAAAGUACAAAAACUUGAAUAUGCUUCAUUUCCUGGAUCUGGUGAUAGCUGUUGCAAACUCACCCUUGAAUUCAAUGAUCCUUCAUCUUGUGGGUUCAAGAAAACUUUCCGAGUCACAUUGCCUGAAAUCAAUGGUCCUGACUUUCUCGUGGAAAGAGUACGCUUUGAUGCUUCCAUUGAAAGGAACUGGACCCACAGAGACAAGUGCCAGGUAUGGUGGAGGGAUGCUGAUGGAUCUGGUGGAACUUGGUGGAGUGGUCGGAUCUUAACUGUAAAACCUAAAGAUUCUGAGUUUCCAGAUAGCCCAUGGGAAAGAUAUGUAGUACAGUACAAGGAUGAUUCUUCUGGACAGCAUUUACAUAGUCCUUGGGAACUUCACGAUGCUGAUACUCAUUGGGAACAUCCUUGUAUUAUAAAUGCAACCAGAGACAAACUUUUAAAUUCUAUUGCUAAGAUAGAACAUGCGUCAAUAGGAAAUCAGGAUUAUCAUGGUGUUCAGAAGCUAAGUCAGGAGGCUCAGAAAUUUGAGUUCUUGAACAGAUUCCCCGUUCCACUUUCUCUUGAAGCGAUCAAGAGGAGACUUGAAAACAACUACUAUCGCACUGUGGAUGCACUGAAGCAUGAUGCCGAAGUGAUGAUUUUGAAUGCUGAUACGUACGUCAGCAAGCGCCCCCUCCCAGAGAUGAAGUCAAAGAUUAAGAGGCUAAAGGAAUGGGUCGAGCAUACAUUUUUUUCGUUGUAGGAAGAAAAACAGCCAGAGGAGUCUCCGUUAUAUAGGCCAAGACUGCUGCCUCGUUGUAGAUAUCUCUAUUCUAACAUAUUGUUUCACAUUUUGGCAGUCUACUCACGCAUCCAUUUAUUUCUUUGGGUGGUUGAGGAACACCAUACAGAGAAGAGAGUGAGGAAGAGAGAAAGGGGAAGAGAGAGAGAAUGGUCGGCCAGAAUUCAUUUAUGGGUAGAACCUUCACCAUCAAUAAAAUGAAAGAGAGAGAACUAGCAAAUGCUGUGACACCCUUUUUCCUUUUUUCUUUUUUUAUCUUCCUCUUUUCUAGUCAUUCGAGUAAUUGUUCCAUAUAUUUCAUUAUUACUAAUUUGAGCAAGAUAAGUUUAAAGUAAAGAUGUAUUUUCCAAGUCAUUCA